AUGUUCAAGUUUGUUGCCUUCUUUGCUUGUGUAUCCGUAGCUUUGGCCGCCCCUGGUUUGUUGGCCGAACAUCAUACCGUUGUCCAAGAACCUGUGUUGGCCAAGGUCGGCGCUGUCGUGCACAGUGUUCCCUCGGCCACAUCGUACCAAAGUUUCACUCGUGUCCACAAUAAGGCUGUUGUAGCUCCCGUUGUUACUCCAGUGGUCAAGACCACCGUCCACGCCGCCCCAGUUGUUUCGGUGGUGAAAACUGUUGAACCUGUUGUCCCCGUAGUCAAAACUGUUGCUGCUGCUCCCAUUGUCAAGACUGUCGUCCCUGCCGUUCCCGUAGUGAAGACUGUUGUCCACACUGCCCCCGUUACCCAUGUUGUCCAUCAUUAA